AAAGAGAGAGAGAGAGACUCGCAGCAAAGUUUGGAUAAAUUAGUAACGAAGUUACAAUGAAUGAGAGACUAGGUGUUAUUGUAGUUACAUGUACAAUAUCCUUUUUUCGGCCGGAUGAAUGGAAUUACAGUUAAAUCUGUCAUUUUCUUCAUAUAUGUGCAUAUGUAGAUCAGCAAGGAAUGAGGUCGCGGAAAGUCUUGUGCUGUGAUUACAGGCAUACUAUAUUCCAAAGUGAUAUGAGGCAUCAUUUGGUUCACCCUUACGCUGUACAGUCAGGACCUGGCAUUCGAGAAUUGAGUCGGCUGGCUCAUCAAAUCCUGUGGCAUUAUGGGAACCGCUGUCUGGCUUGCUGCGUCAUACACACACACAUACACACAUUCCAAAGUAUGUGUUAUCCAUCACUGCUCAACGUCGCGUUGGUAUCGUUUGCCUAGGCAGUAGCCGAUGCAUUACAGAGCUUCUGAAAGACAUCCUAAGUCCGACAGUUUAAUGGAGGAAAGCUCCAUAGAGCUAACGACAAUGAAGACAAGAGAAGCAGCCCCUCCCCCCAAGGUCGUUGUUGUUGGCGGCACAGGCCAUGGGAAAAGCUCGGUUAUCAACACUGUAAUUGGAGAGGAUAAAUGCGCCGUGGGAGUAACAUGGGCAGUGGACAAAACCAUAACUUCAGAGGCACAGGAAGUCGAUUUUACUGGUCAAGAUGGAAGAAUCAUCUUUAUCGAUACACCUUCACUAAAAACACUGCAGUCAAACGCGAGAUUCCAGAAUUUGUACAAGAAUGGUUUUCAAGCGAUUGUGAUCGUCUAUUCCAUCAAAGCAUUCACGCAAUCUCGUCCGUCUGUACUAGAACUGGUAAAUAACCUGUUCGAGAACGGAUUAAAAGACUAUGCGUUGGUGGUUUUGACGUUCGAAGAUUAUUUGGAGGAUGCGACAUUACAGGAAUUUUUAAACACAAAUAAGGAACUAAAGGACUUCUUGCAGAAAACAGGCGUGGAGGCUGUAACUAUGUGUAAUACAGCUGAGAAAAAUAGCCCGAAAGCAACUGAGCAGAGAGACUCUUUUUUCAGCCAUUUAGAUGUUAUACUGAAGAGAAACGUUUCGCCACUAUCAAAGAAGACAACAAAGAUCUCACUUCCACGUGUUUUGUGUAUAGCUGGUGUUGUGGUGACUGUAGUAAUAGUGGUUAGUAUUGUGAUUCACUUCUCUGUGUGACAUAGCACUCCUGCUCAGAACUUGAUUGACAUCAUAUAAGAUGACAUGAUUUAUUAUUAUUGGGGUUUCAUCUUUAUUUGUUAAUAACAAUUUAUUGUAGAUGUCGUUAUAUGGUCAAUCUACACGAAAUCAGAUGAUUAUCGGGGAAAAAAUUACAUAAGUUAAAUUUUAUUUGUAAAGCCAUUGACAACGAUUUUACAUACUGAUGCCGGCGAAUAUUAAUGAAACAACGGCGAAUUUUAGUAGUGCUGUGUAUAAUAAGAAUUAAAUUGUAAACUUCACACUGUACGUAUAUAAUGUUUUAGUCCAUAACGGAUGCUGCAAUUUCUUAUAAGUACUGUUUUCUCUUUAAUCAUAUUAUGUUGAUUUUAAGGAGAGAAAUUUGAUUUUAGAAAUCCUCUAUGACAGCUGUUCAUUUUUUUGGCAACUGUUUAUUAUUAACUUUUACUUCUAGAUUCUAAGCUCUAAAAUCCAGCCAUUAAAUUAUGUUCGUUUUCAAAUAGUAUAAUUAACGAUUUUUCACUUAAUGUAUUAUAUCCACCCCCCUGCAAUACAUCUAUGUGUUGAUGCAUUUUUACACCCGUACAUACGAGUUUUGCUAAAUCAUUGAAAAUGGUAAUGAGGUUGGAGUUUUUUGUUGAAUUUCGCAAAGUUGAUUAUAUAUACUUGUUAUAAGGGGGGUUGGAAAAAAAAUACUAUCUUUUACACAAAAAGAGUACCUACGAACCCCGUUCCCAGCUGAGAGAGAGAGAGAGAGAGAGAGAGAGAGAGAGAGAGAGAGAGAGAGAUUCUAUGGUAUAAUUUGAUUUUUGAUUUUAUGAGUUAUUAUUUCAAAUUAUAUUAUACUUUAUUUGCUUGUUACUUUGAUAUGCUUUUAUUGAGAUUUAAAAGGAUGAAUUAGAAUGUUGCACUUAUAAUUACGCGUAUAACAUCAACUUGUUUGUUUGCGAAAUAAAUUAGAUAGAAAGAAACAAAUAUGGAAUGGUUGGACAAAAUUAUUGUUAUUUUACUAUUCUUUUAAAUAGUUUGUCAAAAUAUUUACAUUUGU